AGAAGUUGGUGUCACUCUUUUGCCAGCCCUUUCAACUUUGCUUCGACUUUGGCUAUUACUAUGAUGAUUAGCCUAAAGCUCUCGGCAUUCUUUAUCUUCUCUGUCAGCAGUGCCGCUCGUGUUGUGGCGGAUGUGCCCGCCAGCUCAAUCUCAAGCUCGCAAUGGCAGACGCUGAACGACACUCUUGGCGGUAAACUACGCACUGCACUCCCGGUCUCCGCUCCUUGCUUUUCAACAGUCAACGGGGUGAACGUUACGGUCGACUCUGAAGCCUGCUCGAAUGUCGAAGCGAAUUAUACCGACCCUUUAUAUCGCGUUGAACAGUUUGGGGCAUACAUGCUUCCUCAAUGGGAGACCUGCCAAUCGACCUCAAAGAAAUGCUUGCUGGAUGACACGAACACCAGCAAUCCUUUGGCUUGGGAAGACAGUACCUGCUUACAGGGCAGUGUACCUCCAUAUUUCAUUGAUGUUCAGAAUGCGUCAGACGUACAGGCCGCGUUUGCGUUUGCGCAAGACACUGGCGUUCGCCUCUCAAUCAAGAACUCCGGGCAUGACUACAAGGGUCGGGCGAGUUCUCCGGAUUCCCUGUCUGUUUGGGUACACCACUUGGACUCAAUAACAUACGACGCGAACUUCUCGCCUGAAGCUUGUGGUACCACAUACAGUGCCAUGACCGUAGGGGGUGGCGCUGUAUUCCAGGCCAUUUACGAGUUCGCCGAAGCCAACAAUAUAACAUUUAUCGGAGGAUACCAUCAAACUGUGGUGGCCAGCGGCGGCUGGGUUCAGGGUGCUGGUCAUAGUAUACUCUCACCGGUCUAUGGUCUCGGUGUCGACCGCGUGCUUCAAUUUAAGAUUGUCACUCCCGACGGCGAGCUUCGUGUCGCUAAUGAAUGCCAAAACCAGGAUCUGUUCUGGGCGCUGCGCGGUGGUGGCGGUGGCACCUUUGGUGUUGUUUUGGAAAGCUCACAUAUCGUCGAACCGCAGAUGUCUCUUCGGGUCGCAUCCAUCUCUUUCACUCAGACCUCCGACAAUGCAAGGGAUUGGUUCGAGUUCAUGGUGAACAGCUCAGUGAAAUGGGCUAAUGAAGGCUGGGGCGGUCAUAUCGGGGUCAGCACUCUCAUCCACGUCAAUCCACUGCUCACACUAGCAGAGGCGAACGCCUCUAUGCAAGAAGUGGCCGCCUUCGCCAUCUCACAGGGUGGAAAGGCAGUGAUCGAGGAACUACCCUCAUGGUAUCAAUUCUUUUCGAAGUACGUUACGGCGUCUCAAAGUGCUGUCGGAGGCCAAAGCAUCCUUGGCACACGCCUCAUCACCACCUCCGUCUUUGAGGAUGAGUCAAGUAGCGAAGCCCUCGUCGAUGCGCUUGUCAACACGGAUGACCUCCACAUCGCCGUAGGCACGCCUGUCCUGUAUAAUGCCACAGCCAAUUCUACCAGCUGCACGCCGGCAUGGUACAAGUCUUUGUGGACUCUCGGUUUCCACUCAGUAUGGGACUACAACGCCACAGUUUCGGAGAUUGCGUCAACGUAUCAGGAAGUCUCUGACCUUUUGCAGCCUUAUCGUGACAUUACACCCGAUUCAGGGGCUUACACCAAUGAAGGCGAUGUAUACGAGCCUAAUUUCGAAUACUCUUUCUGGGGAGACAAUUACGUUGCUCUUCUCGCACUCAAGCAAAAAUACGAUCCUUAUGGUCUGCUUGAUUGUUGGAUGUGUGUGGGUUGGACAGGGGCACAAGCUCCCCGGUACGAAUGUUACUUGGACAUUAAUGGCCUGUAAACAUCUUGCGGUUGAACACACUCCUUCUAUAUUAUUUCUUAUUUGCGCUUGAGAUGCACACAAUCUUCGGAUCUCCAUCAGAUAUAGC